AUGUCCCACCUACGAUACUACGCGUACGACGGCGUUGGAAAGCGCAAUCUGGAGAAAUACUACUACAGCCAAGCGGUCCGCAUAGACAACCGAAUUGAGUGCGCCGGGCAAGGCAAUUACACCCCUCCCCCAACGAUGGAAGAGCAGAUCGAGAAGACGUUCGAGAAUGUCGAGCUGAACCUCAAAGACGCUGGCGGCGCAGGAUGGAGCCAAGUGUACAAGAUACGCUCCUACCAUAUCGAACUAUCGCCCGAGGCGAUAGGCGCUACCAUCGCGGCCAUUCGGAGAUGGUGUCCCCACCAUGCGCCGGUGUGGACGUGCGUGGGCGUCACGGCCCUCGGGGAGGAAGGGAUAUUGGUGGAGAUUGAGGUUGAGGCGCAGGUUCCGAGGGAGGCCUAG